AUGUCCUACAGCUGCUGCUCUGGAACCUCCUCUCUCCCCCACGGGGACCACCUGCAGUAUCCACGCUCCUCUUGUGGCUCCUUCUACCCUCGACAUUUGGUUCACAGCACUAACGUCUACUCUCCCAGGAUCUGCCAACAGAGAUCCUCUCUCCACAGCGCCUGUCACGACACCUGCUUCCAGCCCAUCCGAUGCCACACGUCCCAAGCGGUGCGCAUCCCCUGCCGGACGUCCUGCUACCGCCCCUCUGUCUCCAGGCUCUGCAGCCCCUGCCAGACACCUCCCUCCAGCUCUCAGGGUUGUGGUCCCAGCAGCUGCCACUCCCUGGGCUAUGGGUCUAGAAGCUCUUACUCAGUGAGCUGUGGAUCCAGUGGCUUCAGACCCUGUGGCUUGUCAUCCCUGGGCUACGGAUCUGGGUUCUGCCGCCCAUCCUGCUUGCCUUCUAGAACCUUCCAGUCUUCUUGUUACAGACCAAGCUGUGGAUAUGGAUCUAGGUUCUACUGA